AUUUUCCAACAUCAAAAUAUAACUUUUCAAAGGAAGUGGUUACACCUCCAUUUCCUAUACAUAUGCAACAUAAUACUUCCAUUUCCAAAACAUAAAACCAUCUCAAAAACUCUCUCAUCAGUCAUCACUCAUGAGAGAAGAAACCUUCUUUUUCCAAUGGCGGUUCAUGGCCUUUGGUCUCAUCUUCCUCUUCCUUCUUCCUCACGCUUUCACCUAUGAUACUCCUCCGAUAAACCCGUGCUAUGCACAUGCUCCUUUUCUUCCUCCUAUCGCAAACCCGAGGCUCUUAAAAGCUUAUGCAGCUCUUCAAGCUUGGAAGUUCACCAUAACCUCUGACCCAAACGGCUUCACUUCUAACUGGUGUGGUCCUCAUGUUUGUAACUACACAGGCGUGUAUUGUGCACCGGCUUUAGAUAACCCUUAUGUCUUAACCGUCGCUGGUAUAGACUUAAACCAUGCCAAUAUCGCCGGUUAUCUCCCUAUAGAGCUCGGUCUCUUAACCGAUCUUGCCUUGUUCCAUAUCAAUUCCAACCGUUUUCAAGGUCAACUUCCCAAAACUCUAAAAUGUCUCGAGCUUCUCCAUGAGCUUGACGUCAGCAACAAUAAACUCUCCGGCGAGUUUCCUUCAGUAAUCUUCUCUUUGCCUUCCUUGAAGUUUCUCGACAUUAGGUUCAAUGAGUUCCAAGGAGAUGUUCCUGACCAACUCUUUGACCUAAACCUUGACGCUCUCUUCAUUAACGACAACAAAUUCCAGUUUAGGUUACCGAAAAACAUCGGAAACUCUCCGGUUUCGGUUCUUGUCUUGGCCAACAUCGAUCUCCAAGGAUCUUGUGUACCUCCGAGUUUCUACAAAAUGGGGAAAACAUUGCACGAACUCAUUAUCUCCAACUCACAGAUAACCGGUUGUUUAAACCGGGAAAUCGGUAUGUUAAACCAAUUGACGGUUUUCGACGUGAGUUACAACAACUUGGUGGGUUCGUUGCCGGAGACUAUAGGUGAUAUGAAGAGUUUGGAGCAGUUAAACAUCGCGCAUAACAAAUUCUCCGGCUACAUUCCGGAGAGCAUCUGCCGAUUACCAAGCCUCGAGAACUUCACUUACUCGUAUAACUUCUUCUCCGGUGAGCCACCGGCUUGUCUAAGGCUUCAAGAGUUUGAUGAUCGUAGAAAUUGUUUACCUUCAAGGCCAAUGCAACGGUCUCCCGCUGAAUGUAAAUCUUUUUCUUCUUAUCCUAUUGAUUGUGCAUCCUUCGGCUGCUCUCCACCUAGUCCACCGCCACCACCGCCUCCUCCACCUCCUCCUCCACCGCCUCCUCCACCGCCUCCUCCACCGCCUCCUCCACCAUAUGUGUAUCUUUCACCUCCACCACCACCACCACCAUCACCACCGCCACCAUAUGUGUAUCCUCCGCCGCCCCCACCACCACCGUCACCACCACCACCAUAUCUGUAUCCUCCGCCACCGCCAUCACCGCCACCGUAUGUGUAUCCUCCGCCUCCUUGUAACGAUCUUCCAACGCCGGUGCAUUACUAAGGCUUCUUUUGACCGAGUGGGAUGCAAUAGUUGAAACUGCCAUCUGUUUAGUUAUUGUGUUCUACGUUAUGUAACGCUAGUGUUCAUUUAAUUU